AAAAAAACUUCCUUCUUUUCUUUUAUUAAACUUGCGGUCUUUUUCACAACAACACAAAAAUCAAAAUUAGUGCUGCUUGAUUCAAAUUUAAAGAAAUACAAUGUUACCCAUUACGUUUGAUUUAGCCAAAUAUCCAACAGUGGAUACUAUUCGGCUAUUAGCAUCUCUACUUGAAAGAAUGACCAUUGCAAACGACUUAUUGAAUAAAUCACAACAACCCUCUGCACAACGUCGUGGUUCUUUACAACAAGCACCACCAUUAGCACCACCACCACCACCGGCCUAUACCCGGUUUCAUGCCCGACUUGUACCCUCUAUUGAUAUUUAUUCUUACCUGACCAGAAUACUUAAAUACUGUCCUUGUGCUAAUGAAUGCUUUCUAAGCUUAUUAGUCUAUUUCGACCGCAUGUCCAAAAAUUCUUUGGCUUUAACAGGAAAACCUUUUACCAUUGAUUCUUUCAAUAUACAUCGUUUAAUUAUUGCAGGUGUGAUGGUAGCCUCCAAGUUUUUCAGUGACGUGUUUUAUACAAACACACGAUACGCAAAGGUUGGUGGAUUACCAGUUUCUGAGUUAAACAGCCUUGAACUCGAGUUUCUGAAGUUGAAUAGCUUUAAUCUUACAGUAUCUAUUAGUGAACUACAAAAAUAUGGAGAUCAAUUAUUAAAAGUGGGAUAUAUGACCCAAGAAAUGAGGAAACCACCCUUGUUUCGCCAUUCUCGUUCAAGCUCUGUGGAUCAAGUGGAUAGAAUGUGUGAUUUAACCCAACGUUUAUCUAUUGAUGAACAUUACCAACCUCAGCAGCAGCAGCAACAGACAAAAUAUUAUUACAAUCAGAAGAAACACAAUAACCAAGCAGUACGUAAAAUGACUAGUACCAAUAGUUUGAAGGAGAAUGGUAGAUAUACUACUUACGAACAACCAAGACAUUCUCGUUCAAGCGUAAACCUCAAUCAAGGCUUCUGGAAACCAAGUAGUCCACUUCAGCAACAAGGGGAAGAAAGCACAUCUCGAAGAUUAUCAUUGACCUCUAUUCAUGCAGCUCCUUUUAUUCCUAGUAGUGAAUUACAGCAACAGGUACAAGCACAGCAACAGCAGCAGCAUCAACAGCAGCAGCAUCAUCAUCAACAGCAGAUACAACAGGGCGUCUACUAUUAUCCACCUGUUGGUAUACCAACCCCUCCACCAUCUGCUUCGCCAAUUCAUCACCACCAAUCUUAUUCUGCCAUGUAUUUAUAAGAUUUAUAUAUACAUACAAUUACAACAACCCACUAUUAUUAUUAUUACUACUAUUAUUACUACGUUUUUUCUUAUUAUUAUUAUCGACUAUAU